CGUCGUGUGGACGUCUUGUGUUCGCUCCAGUUGAACUGCUAAGUCCUGGCUUGCGUUAGCUCUCGUCUCCAAGUCCUGUUUAUCAGUUGCUACCGGUAUUUGGCUGUGUGCCGGUCUCUCUGCCGUGCUGCCUGUGUUGGACUGUUUUGAGCCUUCAUUAAAUAAUCAUCAUCACCAUAACCUGGGUCUCAGCGUCUCUCCUCACCACCAACCACCACACCCCAUGACAGACUUCCCUCAUCAAACGCAAGGAAAACCAUUUGCAUCUAAUUGACUGGUUGGAUUCUUCCUGCAGCCUGAGACGUCAUUCGAACGCCACCCACCUGGUGGCAGUCAUGCCCCUGAAUGGCUGUGGGACUCGGGUUGAGGUAUAAUCCACAUAUAUGGGAAACACAGUGCACCAUCUGGCACCUCUAACCAGACCGAGUCUUCAUCUACUUCCAUACAGAGCUGGGAGGAAACUGCGUGUUUUAGAUUUUUCUUUUUUAUAUCAUCAGGAGGACGACGACAACAUGAUCACAUCAGCUGAUCCCAAUAAACUCAUUUCCAGGCACCAAGACAUUGAGAUCGUCUUUUCCUGCGCCUAUCCAAAGCGAGCCAACCUGACUCUGGGAUUCACACACAAAAACCCGUACUUCUUUAACGAGAGAGGAUUCAGCUCCUUCACCUUCCAGUUUGAGUUCUUCGAGAGCCAGCGUUUCAGGAAGCAGGUAAACGCCAGCAGCUACCCGGUGGAGGUUUACCUGAAGCAGAUGAUCUUCAUGCAGAUCGAAGCCACCUCGUCCAUCCCAAACACUGAGCUGUUUGUGGAGUCCUGCAGGGCGACUCCCUACGACAACCCCAACUCCCGCAUCAGCUACACCAUCAUCGAAAACGGAUGUGUGAAGGAUGAAACUGUGCAAAUCUUCCCAAGCUCCGUCUAAUUUCAGAUUUGGUAUGGAGGCUUUUGAGUUUAUUGGAGCUCACGAGGAGGUUUACAUCGCCUGUUCGGUCCUCCUGUGCGAAAGCGGCAAUCCUGAAACUCGAUGUUCUCAGGGAUGCAUCAGAUCCGACUCACUGAACGAUCGCAGCAGGAGAGACGCUCCGGCCCAGACGAGCAGGCACUCCAUUUCCCAGGGUCCUCUGCGCCUCCUUAGGCAUUCUGACACCAAAGUUUCACACCCAGAUGCAGGUUCAGGCCCAGGCCUGUAUCUGGGCCUGAACCUGGUCUUUGCUGUCUGCUGCCUGUUGGUUUGCGGUCUGGUCAUCUACCGAUCAAGAAGAACCAGAGCUAAAUAUCAACGCCUACCAGCUGCCGACUCUCCAGUCGACUCUGAUCGCCCAGUAGAUUAAGAAGAUGGAUCUUCUCCAUUUUCUUUUUAGUGAAAAAGUAUUAGAUUAUGUUUUGAGGGUUUAUGUUCUUUCUUGAGGUUUUUUGGUAUGAGUUGCAUGGCAAAAGGGAAUUAUAUGAUUUUAAUGCUUUAUAAGCUUUGAUUUUACAAAUUGUGUAACAAUCAAACUGUGAAUGUUUCUUUGAAUGCUUGCAAUAAAAAAUAUUUGGAUAAGCACAAUAAACUACUGUUUUAGGACUUCAGAUUUAAGGUAAAAAUUCCUCUUGGUUAAAAAAAAGUUUCAGAAAAUCUGUUGAAGCUGAUGCACAAACUGUAGC